UUGCUGAUUCUAGAAAGAUCGCCAUUAGUUUAUAGAUCAACAACAGCAGCAAUGCGGAGGAGAUGCUGAAUCGUUUGGCGGAGCACCGUGUGCUUCACCUCUGAAUCCAUUGUUCUUGGGCCAAUUUCUACCACAAUUCAGUGCUCAACAACUUUUGGUUCAACAUAUGAUGGCAUUAGCGGCAGCACAAAAACAACCAGAAAUUUGGCAUGGCGGUGGUGCAACUGCUAACGCCUCUGAGUCGCAGCGAGUAAGAACAUCUGCCGCCGUAGCUAUAAUUACUGAUUUUGCUUAUGAGCAUGGCACGACUUCUGACAUGGGCAUGUCGGCAGACGCUGAAGUGGAAGGAGCUCCCCUAAAUCUUUCAAAAACAAAUUCUAAUUCUGAAACCAGCGACAAUGACUCACUGGAGAACAUGCGGAAAGAAGGCGAUAUCUCUCCUAAUCAAUCAAUAUCUGAACGUGGCGGAUCAAAUGGCUCGAAUAAUUCAUCAUCAUCAGAUCAGUCAGCUGCCGCCACUACUAAAAUCAUCUCACUGAUCGAUAUGGCUAGUGAACAUUUCAAGCAGCAAAUGGAAUCAAUACGUAAAGAAAGAGGUUUGUGA